AUGACCAUGGUUUAUAACAAGCAUCCUGACUUAGAGUCAAUUGAUACAACUUUCUAUCCAACUAAUAGAGAUGGAACGAAGAAUUUCAAAUUAGUAGAUAGCAAAUAAUUCGGAAUCAUUCCUUAGAGUGUGGCCGAAUCCUUUGAUUUCUCUUAUGGAGAUCCCUUUGAUACCAAUAAUCAUUGGAAAAACCCUUGUGAGCAAGAAGUUAUAGAGAUCUUGGGUAAAUUACUUGGAUUCAAUGAUAUGUCAGGAUAUGUAACUGCUAGUGAAUGUGAAGCAAAUUUUACCUGUUUAUGGUGGUGCAAUCUUUACUUACUUAUGAAAUCUCGUUCUAAGAUAACUGAAUUAUAGCAGACAAUAGAUAUUGCUAAACUAAAUGCCGAGAAUAUAAAAAGAGAUGAGGAUUAUUAGCUCAAGAAUUUAAAGUACCAAGAGAUCUAUGAAUAUACAAAACAACUUAAGAUUAUCAAAUAGCCAAUAUUGAUUUGCUCAAGACCUCCAUAUUCAGAUAUUUCAAUCAUUAAAGCUGCUUAAGCUUUUGAAUUCAAGACUUGCUUCGUAUAAGUCAAUGAGGAUGGAUCGAUGAAUACCUAAUCUUUAAGAAAUAUAUUAACGGAAUUUUAAGAGUAUUAAGAUGUCAACUUUAUCAUAAGUCUAAAUCUCGGAACUUAAAUAGGAGGAUCUUUUGACGAUUUAAUUUGUGUUCGCAAAGUAAUUUAAGAAGUCUAGUAAGAAUUAGGCUGCUUAUAAAAAGAUGGUUAAAAUCAGUUUAAUAACUAUAAUGAAGAUUAGGGAAAAUAUAAUAAUAAUUGGAAUUUUGUGUUUCAUGGGGACGCCUUACUAUACGGACUUACCUUUCCAGUUCUCAAACAAUACGGAGACAUUAGAAAGGCAGGUUUAGAUACUAUAUCAGUUUCUCUCUAGAAAUUUUUAGGAUGCUAAAUACCAGCUGCAGUUUCACUAUGCAUUUCAAUGUGA